UAUUAUUAUUUUUACUUACCUAUAGCUAUUACUUCAUACCUCUUCUUUAGCUACCUAACAAACCACCAGUCCUGCACCUCGCACAAUUCGAGCAAACGAAUACCGACGAAAAAAAAAAAGUGACGAAAAAAAACCCCCACCAUCUAUCUCAUCCCACCAAAAAAACCACACGUUCAUACAUCUUCAAACAACAAUCAUACAUCUUUCAGCAUGUCUUCCGCAUCUGUUCAAAACCCACCGGUUCAGACUGAAUCUAAGACUGCUAAGAAGAAGAAGGCCAGACUCGAGCGAACCGAAUCUCCUGCACCCUCUGCCUUGUCUAUAGCUGAGAAGCCUAUUUCUCUCUCUGCUCAAGAUGGACAGGACGAUAGCUCCGAGAGUCCAUAUGUGCGCGAACUUCAGAAGAACAUUCGUAAUAUCAACAAGAAAAUUACCAAUGCCUCUAAAACCGAUGGUAUAAUCGACCAGCAUAAGGGAAAGUCUCUGGAAGAGCUUGUCGAAGCUAAGAUUAUCAACCCCGACCAGCGCGCCCAGCGCCUUAAGAAACCCCACCUAGAAGCCCAACUUGCUCAGUUGGAGGAGCAGCUGGCUCAGUAUAAGAAGGUGGAAGAGGACUACCGAUCCCGCGCCGCCGCUGAGAAGGCUACCAUCACGAAGACUCUGACCGACCAGUACGAGAAGGAAAAGGCCGAUGCGAUCAACGAAAUCAAGGCACAGGCCGAGGCUGAGGCUGUGACUGUGCAACAUGAUAGUCUACUAGUCUUGUCACAGUUUCUCCGACUGGCUGCGGCUCGACGAUCAGAAGAGUUUGAUCAGGCUGCAGACGAGAAUAGGGCUAUAGAGGGUGUUCUAUUGAGUGUCUACAAGGGAGACGAGCCGGCCGUCUCUACUAUGUUGAAACUCAUCGAAGGCUCCGAAGACAAGACGUUCAGUAUUGAUGGAGAUGAGCUUCAGACUUCAUUUGCCCAGGUCCGGGCUCUCUCCCAGGAGGUUUUGGUGGACCAGUACGAUCAGAUCGAGCAGGCAGACGCACCGGAGACUGCGGAAGUGAACGGAACCGACCCUACCGUUGCCUAUGCUGGCCUUACUGAGAUCGAUUACUCUGACACUCCAGCCCCGUUGACCAAUGGCCAUGCUGAAGCUGGAACCGGCUCGGGCCUUACUGACAAUGCGGAUGUCACGGAUAGCGCUGCUAAUGCGGCAGCUGAAUCCCAGUGGGAUGCUAGCAAUGACCUAAGCGCCUCUCCUUCUCAAGAAGAGUGGGUCAAGGUCCCGCGAGACCCUACCGAGACCGAGACUGGCUUAACGGCCACUCCCGCCGCUGCCAGUAACGUCCAGUCUUGGGCUGAUGAGCAGCCUGAAAACCCCCCCACGGAGAAUCAGGCCCCUGCUCAAGCUCAUGACGGAUUUCAUCAAGUCCAACGUAACCGACCCCAGCGCGGCGACCGGGAAGGAGGUUGGAGAGGACGCGGCCGAGGAGAGUACCGUGGUUACCGAGGUCACCACGGCGAGGGACGUGGAAGAGGUCGCGGACGUGGUCGGGGUGGAUCGGGCGGCGCGCGUGGAGGAAGACCGCGCAAUGAAGAAUCGUAGAGGAUUCGAGCCCGCGUCAGUUCCCGUCGAUCUUAUUGCCGCCUCUCGCGGGAUCCCCUCUUGGCUCGACAAUCAUGGCGCUGACACUCACCCACUUGCCUCAUUUCCAUCGACUACAUCUGGAUACCCCCUAACCAAUAGGUAGGGUAGUUGGGCAUGAAGGGGGAGGUACAACCUCUUAUAACGGCACUGGGAUUUAGUUCGUCCUAGUGUACGUGUGUAUUCAUGAACGAAAUUCAA